CGGAGAAGAGGAAGACAUUUGAAGUUGAAUAUGAAAAUGGAAUCAAAACUGGAAUGAUUCUAUUUCUCACACUGUUUCUGUCUGAAGCCAAGAUGUGCAAGGACCACUGUGGCAUACAAUCUGUGGCACAAAACAGAACAAGAAGCUGAAUCCAUUUUUAGUCCUGCAAAAAGAAAGGAGCCUUCCCUAGUACAUAGUAGAGCUUAGUGGUGGCUGUGGUCAUCCUUAACCAUAGAGUACCGCUAAGUGUAGGAGUCUCCUGGCCAUGUAUCACUAUCCAGCAUCUCAAUCUCGCCACCCAAUAAACAUGUACGGUGGGUCAGCUUCAUAGAGCCUCAAAUCUCAUCACUCACCUUCUGUCCACAGUUUGCCACCAUUGUAGAGGAGAACUGGGUUGGUGAUUCCUGUAAAACUGAAUGACUGAAAAGGCAAAUAAACCAGUCAAGAAGAAGUAUUCACACUUCAGUAAAUAGUUAUUCAACUCCUUCCACAAGGGGGCGCUGUAGGCUUAGCGGCAGGCAUAGUUGCGCUGUGGCUGGACUCACCAUGAAUGCUGGCUUCUCCCAUGGCUUUGUGGAGCGGCGGGCCGGGCUCCUCGGCGGCAGCAGCCUGCAAUAUGGGAUGGUGCCCCCUGGUGGCCACCCGGAGCAUCGCCACCACUCCUCCCACCUCCACCCAGGCGGAGACCCGCUCACGCACCCGAUGCCCUUCCUGCUCUACCCCGCCAGCGUGGACACGGGGCUCUACGAGGGCUCCUACAGGGGCGGCCCGCCCCUCUUCCCCUACCUGCCCGCCUUCCACGGGCACUUCGGGGUGUACGAGUGCCCCUUCGAGCCGGCGUUCAUCCAGAAGCGGAACGAGCGGGAGCGGCAGAGGGUCAAGUGCGUCAACCAGGGCUACGCCAAGCUGCGGGACCACCUGCCCGGCGGCGCCGGCGACAAGCGCCUCAGCAAGGUGGAGACGCUGCGGGCCGCCAUCCGCUACAUCAAGUACCUGCAGGGCCUGGUGGGGGAGUCCGCCUGCUCCAGCCCCAAGGCUGCGCCCCUGAGCCUGGAGGACUCGGGCAACAGCGACGGUGGGUCUCCCCGCUCCACGUCAGAGUCCUCCUCGCCGGGGCUCUACUGCGGGGAGUCGGAGGGCUCAGGGAGCUAGACUGGACCCGGCUCCGAACCUCCGAGCAACUGACGACUGACCGUGUCAGCGGACUGUGCUGUUUUUGACGUUCGUCCUCGACGUGGAUGGGUAAAGGCGGUUACCUUAGCUUUUGAGCUGGUCUGGCGAGGCUAUGAGGGUCUGGGCUGUCUGCGUUCUGGAGAUAUCAAAAGACCGAGGUCUGUGUAACGAGGUGUUUCCUAAACAUGUGCUUCUCCUCUACUGUUGACAAGCCCACACUUCUUAAGGAAGUUCCCUAAACACCCAACGUGUCUUUAAUUGCACACAAGAACUUGUCUUGGCCAAUUUGACACAUCCACAGAACAUAACUUUUUUUUUGUUUUUUUUUGAACACUGAAAGUGAACUAUCCCUUCAGGGAGGCAUAAAGAAGAACGGGGUCCUGUGGAUUUCAGCCAGGCUCUGUAGAAGUAUUUUCAGCGCUCACUGUAAUCUGCUUCAUAAAAAGGAUGUGAAUAUUCAAAGUGACCACAUCACAGGGUAGCUUAGCAGAUCUCAUAAAAGAGGUUCCUAGCAUAGCAUGUCAUGUACACGGUUUAUACAGCUGGAUGUCUCUGCUGAGGAAAUGCAGCUUAAUUAACAGCCCGACAGAAAUGCAUAAUUGAAUGCUCUGCCUCCCUCUCUUAAGUUUGUAAUGCAUGUGCAGCACACACACACACACACACACACACACAGACACACACUCACAACAAAUUUGCAUUGUAUAAAAUAAUUUUUGUUGUAAAAGAUUUCAAGCACAUGGUAUUUCUCAUUAUUUUGAAGGACACCGUACUCAGCAGUCAGUUAAUCAGCAACUAAC